AUGUCUCGUAUAACAUAUUACUAUUCAUCUGUUUCCAGCAAUUUGGAGGUAAGUCUUAUAUUUUACUUUCAUUCGCUAUGUUUAUUUAGCUGUACGAAGGAAGGCAAGCAUGUGUGGGGGUGUGUUUUUGUCUGGUGAUUUGAAAUAUUUAUUAACGUAUUUUAUAGACGAUUCCGUACAAUUUAGUUGCUUGCUAAACUAGAGAAACGUAGGAUUGGUCCUUGUUAUUCAGAUCUCAAGUCAACUUGCAGAAAAAGCGAAUUUCUUGUACAUGUGUAGUAGCAGUGGUAGCAGGAAAUUAGCAAAUGCAUGGGUUCCCUUGGAUGAUUAUUAUGAUAUAAAGCUUAAAUUUAUGCGAAGGUGCAGUCUCCAUUUGCAACAGAAUAGUAUUAUCCUUGAUGAGACAUAGUAAUGUGUUGUUGAUUGGUCUUCUGAUAAGAAGUAACCUCCGCAACGGUGAAUAGUUAUACAUGUAGAUUGAGAGUAAUGAGGCGUUUAAUAUAUGGGCAAGGGAAUCUCAAUUGCUGGGCGGAAAACAAUAUUUUUUCAUAACAAUGCAAAUAACUUUUGUUUACAAGUUUAUCUAUUCGUAUUCAUUUUUUUUUCCGAUUUAUAUGCUAAUAUGCAAGUACUUGGAUAUACUCCAAACAAGAUAGAAAUCACGAAGAGUGUCCACAAAGGCUUAAAGGGACAGUUUCACAGUUCAGCGCAUCCGGCUCAUUAAUUAAAUUACUUUUUUUCCAAUUUAUCAUUAAUUCUGUCGGUUAAUAAUCCUACUCACAUAUAUCUCAGCGAUCUCAGAGUGUAUUUCAAAGUAGAAGUGUAUUUCAAAGUAACGUGAAGUGGGAUGGAGGAGUACUAAUAUCGCAGAAAAAUAAGUGGAUUUUGCCAACACUACCAACGUUGAAUUUAUGGUUGACCCGAAGGUUUUAUUCCAUGGUUGAUUAAUUGACAGCUAUUUGCAUGUACAUGUAAGUUGAUCAAGUGACUGCCAGAGGAGUGUGCAGAUUGGUUCUUUGACGACAUUAUGACAUUGAUCAUACUGCUUUCAUAGAUGAUACAGCAUGUCCCAGCAGGAAAACAGCAUUUUGAUCAACGAGCAUGCACUGAACCAUGAACCUAUCCCUUUAAGCAUAAUUUGUGCCUAUAUGUUUAGCUUGAGAGGCAAUGAUCCUUUUCGCGAGGUGGCAGUGCAAAAAUAUGGAAUCCAGAAUCCUGAAACGGAAUACGGAAUAAUCACAUACAGUAUCAAUGAUAGAAAAAUAAAGAAGUUCACAUUCCAUAAUUUAAGUGCAAUCCAAACAUAAUUAUUUUGUUUUAGUUUGUCUUUACAGCUCCCUUAAAUAUAUUCUUAUUAAUAUGUUUCCUUUAGGGAAAUAUUACCUUAUAGGUGUGCCACAGUGUGAUUUAUUCCACUGUAGGGCCAAUAAAAGUUUUUUUACUAGUUAUUUUUAUUCACCAGUUUACGGGUAAAACAGUAAUACAGUUAAACAUUGCCUUUUUAGCAUGUGUUCAGAGCACAUGUCAAGAGUAGUAGUAGUUGGCUUCAGGCCUCACUGUGAUUGUCCCGAAACAGUACUUAACACAUGACCGGCCCAUGACAUGGCCACACUUUCCAGCAUUUCUGCAAUAAGUUCUAUUUUUUUGCCAAAGUGAAUGCUGAUGGAAUCAAGGUGUCAUUGAGUUGCCAUUGACGUCCGUAUAUGUUGAAGAUGCUUAUUUUACAUGAUGCAUUAUUUGAAAGUCUGUUUCCAUAUGACUUUCCCCUUUCUAAAGGGCUGAGACAUCACCUUGGAUUUUUCUCUCGAUUUGCUAUCCCAUGAGAAUCUGCAUUCAUUCAUUCCCUCAAAUGGGAUGGAAAUUCUUUUCAGCAGAAUCGACUCCUCUAGUCAUACAGCAGUCUCCUGUGACCUUGCAAGUUAUUGUCUAUGUCUUUACACUGUACUUUAUCUGCUUAUUUAUUUUCUUGUUCUUGCUUCUUUUUUUUUUCAUUAGUACUAUAUUUCCAAAUCAGUCACUUGGAACCUUUUUUCACAGAUACCGUGUUCCGAUUCAGUUUCCAUGAUUCCGUUUCUGGAUUUCGUAUUGCACGUUUGGUAUUUGUUCUCAAAGCUGUUGUGAAGUUUUAUUUUUUGUGGCUGUAGAAGGCAUGCUCAUAUAUUUUUUAUGGUCCAUGCCUGAUAUAAAACCAUACACAGAUUGAAAAAAAAUUAUAAGGGGAUUGAUUAAAAAUCUAUUGUGAUUGAAUUGAAUAAAUAUUUUUGUGAUUGGAUUGAAUGAGCAUAUUUUAAGAGUCAUGACUAAAUUGAACUAAUAAACUGUACAUGACAUAGAAUUAAAUUAAAUGCCUUUUGGGUUCGUUCUUACAACAUAAUUAUUUGCAAGAUUAAAUUAAAUGGCAUUAGGCUAAAAGGAUUUGAUUGAAUAAUAUUUUUGCAGCGAAUGGCAUGCCACAGUUAGGCCUUUUUAAUUGGCCUUGAAGGGUAACACCCCCCUUAAAGCCCAACUAUUUCAAAUGCCAUGGAAAAUAAGUUUUUAGUUCCGUGCCCAGAGAUCAUGAGAUAAACCAUCUGUAACAAUUUUUUUGUUCUGUAAAAAUUCAUGGGAACCCACCUCCUAAAUGUUUCAAUUUUUCAUAGUCAUACUUUUUCUUGCGUUUCUUAAUUGUUAACCAGUAACAUGCAAUGCACUUUGGGAAAAAAUCAAGAUGGGGGACGAGAGAAAACUAUGUAUAAGCUGAGUCAUGAAGAAAGAAUUGCACUAGUAGUUUAGAAUCUCUGUGGGAAAAUAGUGAAUUUGUUGCUCUGAAUUUCUGUUGAUCUCUAAGGCUGAGAAUUUCACUGGGAAACUACAUUUUUGUUCCGUUAGUUUAAGACCGUGGUAAAGAUAUGAUACUGGAAACAAUAAUGUUACCGUGAAGUCCUAGGGCUUGCUCCUCAGUCUCCAUAAUACUUCAGAUCAUACUGAGCCCCAUCCAAUAAUUGCUGAAUAUAUCCUACAAAAAAACGUCAGCAGCAAAUGGGAAUAGUAGUUUAUAGAAGUAGUUUCAGAUGUAUUGCACAUGUAGUAUUUGUCUCAGCUUUUUUAUGUAGUAUCCUGUACAUUUCAAAUUUUUCUCUCAGCUGAAGAAACAUCAACAGAAAAUAGAGAUGAUCCUAGACAGCAAAAAAAUUGACUAUGAUAAAGUAGAUAUUGCUGGUAAUGAUACCGCCAAAGCCAAAAUGAGAGAGAUAAUGGGAGAUCCAAAAGGCCUUCCACCUCAGCUGACAAACGGAGAUGUGCAUCUGGGGGUGAGUAUCAUUAGAUUUUAACAAUAAUAAUAUUAUUGAAUUAACCAGUUGAGCCACUCUACAGUUCACUCCUUUUCGGGGCUUGAAAAAAGUCCUGAUUUUCUUGCUGGGAAAGUGACUUUAAAAGCUUACUUGCCAAAUAGUAUAGGCAACGGUCCAAACAACUCAUCCUCCAAUGAAAUCACUAACUAAGACCAGCAAAAGGUGGCCCUGGACAAGCGAAAUGUGAGAGGACAAGCUGGAAUUCAAACUCUCUAGCCCAGCUUUGGAACAAACAUUAAGUGACCAUUUGCAGGGCUCUCAUUAAGAACCGGGGGGGUGGGGGCAGGGAUUUUCUCCAGCUACCUUCAUUGGAAAAUAGAAGAGAAAUAGAACCAAAAGAAAUCCCCAGCUGUUUGAUUUGAUUCCCUGCCUACUUUUUGUAUUUACCCGGCAACUAGAAAUCCCAGUAACAACCCUGCUUUGUGAGAGAGAGCCGUAAAAUCAUCUGUUUGGGGGAGGGAGAGAGUAGAACAUUUCUACUAAAGAAAGACUUGCUAAGACUAACAAAAUCAAAAGAAAAAAUAGAAGUGAAAAGCCUCAAACAAAAAAUGUAAACAAAGCAAAGGUCCUCCUCACUUCUUUUUUCUUUUUCCGCUCUCUGACUUCGUGCCACAACACUUCACUGUAUGAACGCCUGGGGCCCAUUUCUCGAAAGACCCGGAAUUUUUCGGGCCAGAAGGCAAAUUUUAAGACCAAAACCUGUUGAAUAUUACCACAGUUCCUUGCCUACAAACCAGUCCAAAUUGCUUCGAUAACUGAUAGUUUCGUUGUAUUAUUUUCAAAAUUACUGAAACUUUGACCUUGAAUGCAAACACAAAACAGCUUUCGGGGCACCAAAAGUUACCGGGACUUUCGAGAAACACGCCCUUGGGCCCGUGAACUCAAGCAGUGAAAUUGCCAAAAAAUAUCGAUUACUUCAAGUAAAGGUUGCAAUUGAACAAGAAAAACAUUUUGGGUGAAUAUUCUUCAUACUUUAAGCCAAGUACCUAAAACUAUAUACACCUCGAAGGAAUUUUAAACUUGUAUGGAAACGACGGUUAACCCUGGAACAAGCAUAAAUACAACUAUAUGUCUUUUAACUUGGUGAAUCAUAUCAUUUGUUACUUUUUUUCUGUUUUCAGGGCUUUGCUGAGUUUGAACAAGCUGUUGAAAGUGAGGAGCUCGAAGUGUUCCUGAAACUGAAAUAAUUUAACACCCAUGUAAUUUCUGAAUAUAAUAGUCUUUAUUUGAAAGCUCAUGCAUGUCGCCAGAUUAAGUUAAUUUUAUAACUAGUAAUACCGAGGGAACUUUCAAGGCAAUAAAACUAAUUUGUAAAUU